CGGCGCCCCGCAACGGUCGCGUACUCGCUCGCUGUCAACUGAAACUGUCAACAAUUGGAAACACUGUCUAUACAAUUUCGUUUAACCUCAGUCCAUUCACGUUUACGGUGAAACGCGGUCAACACGUGGCUGGAUAACAUUAGAGCCCAACGACAACGCGUGGUCAUUUCCAGUACUCAUACACUCGACACAGUGUAUCGCCCACAUGUACUGAAAUUCCAAUUACAAAGCAUAAAUGUUUAUUUCAAAAGUCCGUACGAGAAUCAGCCAUGAGCAUCAGACGGAACUGGAGGGAAUAUGUAGCAGCACUCAGUGCCACCCUGAUUACGGCAGCGGCGGGGACCACUGUAGGAUGGACAUCACCAACUCUCCCCAUACUGUUGGCAGAAAACUCACCUAUUCAGACUUCCAAAGACCAGAGCUCGUGGAUCGCCUCAUUUAUGAUACUAUGUUCAGUUGUCAGCCCCAUACCAGCAUCGUACCUCGCAGACAGAAUUGGAACGAAGAAAACACUUCUCCUGGCAUCGAUUCCGUACAUCAUUGGAUGGAUCCUCGUGAUGUUGGCACGCAACGUACCUACCAUCUACGUUUCGCGUCUCAUCUCCGGUUUGGGCUACGGCAUUGCUUACACCGCAGCGCCAAUGUACCUCGGAGAAAUUGCAUCUGAUGAAUGUCGUGGCGCUAUGGCUACACUGAUCACAGUUAUGUCCAAGUUGGGAAUCCUGUCCCAGUACUGCAUCGGUCCCUAUGUGUCCAUGCUCGGCCUGGCUAGCUUUAACAUCACAAUACCUAUAUUAUUCGUACUAUCCUUCAGUAUGAUGCCAGAAUCUCCAUACUAUUUUCUGAAAUCGGGAGAAACAAAUCAGGCAGAACGAUCAUUAAAGAAACUACGCGGCAAAUUUUUUGUGAGAGAAGAACUAGACAGCAUGACGCAUUUAGUCAACGAAGAUAUGAAAGAGAAAGGCAGAUGGAAAGAUUUAAUUACUGAAAGAGGAAAUAGAAAAGGUCUGGUAAUUUUGUUGGGAAUAUACUUUACCCAACAGUUUUGUGGGAGUACUGCGAUCAUAUCUUAUGCCGAACAGAUCUUUUCAGCCGCUGAGGGCGGUUUAGGAGCUAAGGAAUCUUGCAUAUUAUUCGGUUCAGUGCAAUUACUGACGUCCGCUAUUUCAUCUCAACUAGUAGACAGGUUGGGAAGAAAACCAUUACUCCUCAUAUCUUCAUGUGGCGUUGGCUUAGCCAAUAUCAUUAUAGGGGCGUACUUCUACAUGAAGCAUGAAAACGACUCCUUUGUCGUCAAUUUGAAAUUCAUUCCUAUUGUUGUGAUACCUAUAUUUAUAUUUUCGUACACCAUAGGUCUAGCUACGGUGCCUUUUGCGAUAACAUCGGAAAUAUUCCCAACGAAUAUUAAGUCUAAGGCGACAUGUGUUAUUCAGAUAUUUGUAGCGUUAAUGACCUUUGCUGUGACAAAAUUGUAUCAAGUUGUAGCAGACAAUUUAGAUACUUAUGUGGCCUUUUGGGGAUUUGGUGUGUUGUCCAUCGCCGGUGUGAUAUUUAUAGUGGUGCUACUUCCAGAAACUAAGGGACAAUCUUUUGCUGCUAUUCAAGAAAAGUUAUAUAGAAGUGAGAAAGGAGUAGCGUAUGAAAAACGCGAUAGUUAUACAGGGGGAAACGUUACAAUAAAUUAAAAACCGAAUUAACAUUGUGAUAAGAUUGCUAGGUUAUUAGUAUUAGUAUAGUAAAGUAUAUUUCUAUGAAACUUACAAAAUCAUUUUCCAUACAUACUUAUGUAAUAUUAACAUAAGUGCAAUAAUGUCCUCAAUUUUGUAACCUUAUACAUAAUUCAGUACUUAAAUUACCGUCCUUAAAUGACAUUUUCUGUGAUAUGCGGCUUUCGUAAUGCAUGGUUCGUUGUGUAGACUAU